CAGCUCCUUCCCUUCAGGGGUCCCUCGGCGCGGCUCCGCCCCUUCCCGCGGUUACCCGGCAACAAGUCCCGGAAGUCGGGAAGCGCAUCCGCAGCCGGCGCUACCAAAUACUGGAAGAUGGCGGAGGGCGGAGGCUCUGAGGCGGACGAGCAGAAGAGGAGGUCCUCCGCACCGCGGCCCCCGAGCGCGCGGGAUUUACAGUUGGCCUUGGCAGAACUAUAUGAAGAUGAAGUCAAAUGCAAAUCUUCCAAGACUGAGAGACCUAAAGCUACAGCCUUCAAGAGUCCACGGACACCACCUCAGCGGUUUUAUUCAGGUGAACAUGAGUACAGUGGAUUACAUAUAGUUCGUCCUUCAACUGGAAAAAUUGUGAAUGAACUUUUCAAAGAGGCAAGAGAGCAUGGUGCUGUCCCUCUGAAUGAAGCUACAAGAUCUGCAAGUGAUGACAAGUCGAAGUCCUUUACAGGUGGAGGAUACAGGUUGGGAAAUUCCUUUUGUAAGAGAUCUGAGUACAUCUAUGGAGAAAAUCAGCUGCAAGAUGUACAGGUUUUGCUUAAACUGUGGAGCAAUGGUUUCAGCUUAGAUGAUGGAGAAUUGAGACCUUACAGUGACCCAACAAAUGCUCAGUUUUUGGAAUCUGUUAAGCGAGGAGAGAUUCCCCUGGAGCUUCAGCGACUGGUCCAUGGGGGCCAACUGAGUUUGGACAUGGAGGAUCAUCAGGAUCAAGAAUACAUAAAGCCUAGGCUGAGGUUCAGGGCAUUCAGUGGAGAAGGCCAAAAGCUUGGAAGCCUUACUCCUGAAAUAGUCAGUACACCUUCCUCUCCUGAAGAAGAAAACAAGUCAAUAGUUAAUGCAGUUGUCGAUAUUGAUGAUUCGGUGCCAACUACAAAAAUUCAAAUCAGGUUAGCAGAUGGGAGUCGUUUGAUACAAAGAUUCAACAGUACACACAGAAUCCUGGAUGUCCGGGACUUUAUUGUGCAGUCCCGUCCUGAAUUUGCAGCUCUUGACUUUAUUCUUGUGACUUCUUUUCCCAAUAAAGAUCUAACAGAUGAAACCCAGACACUGCAAGAAGCAGAUAUUCUUAACACUGUGAUUCUCCAACAACUAAAAUAAUAUCAUGCCUAUCUAUGCAUUCAUACUGAUAAGGAAAAUACUUUCAGUGUAAAAGCAACCAGGUUAUUUUUAGCUUUUUUACCGAUAAAUUUUGGUUUUGUUGUUGUUCUUUCAGUCUUAGUACAGAUGAAUUUGGAUGGGGUUAUAUCUUGAGAUAAGUAUGUGUGAGUUUUAAUUGCAGGCUGGUUUAUGUUGAGAGAUUUUUAAAUAGGCAAACCAGUUUCUUGCAUACUCAGUGCUAAUGCAACAUUAGUUUUUAAGAAAAAAUGAACAAAAUUGUUUUUUGCUAAAUAUAUUCGAUAAAAUUUGCACUAAAGUUCCUUGAUGCAGCAUUGGCCAACAGCCUUUGAACAAUCGUUUGAUCAAAUAAGUUGAAACUUUUUCUGUCAUAUAUACUAAGAAGUAUAUAUUACAUUCUGAGUUUCAAAUGGUUUUAUCAUGCAAUAAUUCUUUCUUCUAUUAAGAUUUUAUAAAAUUCUCUUGCUUACUGAGUUAAGUAUACUGUGAAUGUCAGAAAAUACAUUUUGGUCUUAGUUUUUUGGUUUGGUUUGGUUUGGUUUUCCCCAUCUAUAACCAUCAUAUACUAGAACAAAAAGACAAAGAUCAGCAAUUCUUGAGAAAAUAAGAUGAACAGCACUUUAAAAUAGAGUGAUUAGAAUCCCUUCCAGAGCCUGCCUUUAUCGCCUUCACUGAUUUGUUCAAUUCAUUUCUACCCUAGGAUACCCACUGUACAAACUAAUCAGUCUUCUACCCAGAAUGUAUUCUGUUCUAAAACAGAAGUAGUGUGGAAAUACAGGAAUGUAGAUUCCUUCAGUGACUGAAUCUAAAGAAUCACCAGCCUAAGUGUUUGCAUUUGUGUUGAAGCCAAGCAUUUCCAGAACAAAGUAAAUAGUGUCAUGAAUAAUAGACAUGCUUUUACUGCUUCUCAGACACCAGCUCAUCUUUAAUCAUCACUUUGGGAUAGUUUGCCUUUAGUGCCAUAAUACACUGGCUAAAUAAGUGACUUAAAAUAACACAAAUCUUAGAAUUCUGAAAGUUAGAAGUCCAACGUAGAUUUAAUUAUUCUAAAGCCAAGACAUUAGCAGGGCUACAUUCUUUUUGAGAAGGGCUAGGGGAGGAUGACUCUCUUGUCCUUCUAGACUCUAGGGGCCACUCACUUGUUUUCUUGUAGUUUCUCUGUCCAUUUUAAGAGCUAACAUGUUUGGAUCUCUCUGACAACACUAGGAAAGGUUCUGUGCUUUUAAGACUCACCAGAGCAUUGCAUCCAUUGGAUAAUCCAGUUAACUCUCAAAAUUCUUCACAACCUAAAGCAAAUGCUAGCAGCUGUGUAAUAUCGUAUUUUUUUUCUUUCAUAUUCUCUGUACCUUUCACUUGAACGUGGCAAUGCUGCUGCUGAUAUAACAUUGUCAAGAAACUUGUACGUCACCUACAUAUGUUUUGGGGAGUCACUCCAUUAUCUAGAAGAUUCCUCCACAUAUGCUUUUCACUUGCUCCCACCACUAUCUUUGAGACAUCUGAAAGGAUCCGAUAGUCAUAGCCUCAAUCUCACAAACUUUUGUGUGAGUGGAUGCUCAGAUAUUUAAAAGUUUCUGAGGCAUUAGGAAAAGGUGGUACAACCAUAUCCUCAUCUCUGUUAGAGACAGGCUUAUCUUCCAAGUCUUCCAUCUAUUUUACUAUAAAGGUUCUUCAAAAAAUUUGUAGGGGUGAGCAUAUGGCCUAAAGCCAUGAUGCCUAUCUCUCAUAUCAAGAGUGCCUGGAUUUGGUUUUUGACUCUGGCUGCUGAUUCCAGCUUCCUGCCAGCAGACCCUAGGAAGCAGCAGAUAAUAAUGGCUCAGGUAGUUGGGUUGGGUCCAGCUGCCUACACGGUAGAUAUGUAUUGAAUUCCUGUCUGCUCCUCUCAGGCCUAGCCCUUGAGGCCCUUUUGGGAGCGUGAACCAACAGGUAGAAGUUGUCCCUGUCAUCCCUCCUCCCUGCCCUUACCUCUUGAAUUAAAAAUUAGGUUUGUAGAAAAUGGAAUGAAAAGAUUGUUUUGGGGACAAGAAAAUUUUAAACCUAUGCAGUUUUUCAACACAGCAUGUAUUUUAUAUAAACUUUUUUGAAGACCCCUGGUAUGAAUGAAUUUCAGAAUUUUUUUACACCACAGUCAACUUACCCCUUAAUUCCAUUUGUCAUGAAAGGUUGAAUUGCUUGUCUGUCCUCUUUUUUCCUCUUACUAUAUAAGCAGCCAAAAUUAAAUAGGCCAUGUCUUCUGUAAUUGCUUAGCAAUAGUCUCAGCUAAAUAUUGAAGUUUAUAAGUUCUGCCUUCCAAACAACUUCAGAACACAGUUCAGAUAAACUUUUUGCUAGUUUGUGGCAAGGGUCUUUUUCCUUCAAUUUUUCAAUGACACAUUCCUCUUUUUCUUCAGAAUUCCUGAUGAUGUUGUUACCUCUGAUGUCCUGAUGUCUUCGUUAUACUAACAGUCUCUUCAGGGCAAUUCAGAUACUCCUUCCGGUGACUUAGAUGUUCUCUACUAGACACUUUGAAGGCCUUACUAGUGUUAACAUCCUAUUUCUAUGUCAAUCUAGGCUCUUUCUGUUACAGUCCUCACACUUUUUUCAGCCUCUACUCACUGCCAAAUUCCAAAGCCACUUCACUAUUUUUUGGAUACCUGCUCCUAGGUAUCUAGAGAAGUCUGCCAUGCCUAACUCACUGCCAGUUGACUUGAAUGUGCUACUGACUAGGAGAUUCAGAAUUUACCUUUCUUCAGAGGCACUGUGCAUGUCAAGCAGGUGAAUUUACCUGUGCUGUAGAUUUUAAUGCUGGAAAUGCUAUCAGAACUACAAGAUAAAAAUCCUGAUCUCCUUCUGCUCCCCACCUCCACCCCUGCCAGCAAGGAAGAAAUAAGGUUCUCUCAGCCUCAUGAUAGGGGUGAGAAAGAUUAUUCCUGGGCCUCCCCUGUGAUGGGAAGCCCUGAUCUUUUUCAGUUGUUAAAAACAACUUUGAUGAUACAUAUGCAAGGGGACUUGAGAAGGUUCAUGGAAAAUGGAAUCAAAAUAUGUGGUUUUUCCAGGAAUUUUUAAUGUCUGUUAAUAGAACAGUGUGGAUCAGAAAGAUUUCCCAGGGGUAAAGUACCUUUUCAUGCAGCAAAUUUGUCUUCCUACAGAAAUGAUUUGUUGAAAGAAACAUUUUCAGUAAAAGAGCAUUUACCUGUUUAUGGAUUAGCAGAAGACAACAAUGAAAAACUAACCAAACCUUGUAGAAUCAUCUGAAAUUUUCUUCUUGUAAAUUAUUUUUGUCAGUUAUAUGGAGUGCCUAUAGAUGCACACACAAAAAUGACUAUCACUUUAGUUUUCGUAAGGAGAAAGAACUAAAUAACCACAAAGAUGAGGAAUACAACUGUGUGUUAUACUUCAUGUUUAACUUCCUUGAGAGUCAUUUUCCUGUAUGAUUUUUAAAAUUACAGUGACGUAAAUUUUUAAACUUGUAAUCAUUUCCAAAAAGAUUGUGUCACAAUGAACAGCUAGACAACCAUGUGUGAAGUCAGUCAUUUUGCAUGAUGGAUGUAAUCAGGUUAAAAUGUCUGCUUGCCAAUAAAGAAUGUUUUCAUGAAACUC